AUGAUCUUUGCCAUUGAGGAAAUUAACAACAGCACAGAGCUGCUGCCUGGUAUCAGGCUUGGUUAUCAGAUCCAUGACUCAUGUGGUGUAGUGCCUGUGGCAAUGCACAAGGCCUUUCAGCUUUCAAAUGGAGGGGACAGUAUCUUCUAUACUGACAACAAUUGCUCCCAAUCUGGCAUGAUGGCGGCUGUUGUUGCUGAGUCCGGAUCCACACCAUCCAUCAGUAUGUCUCGGAUCAUUGGGUCAUUUAACAUUCCCCAAGUCAGCCACUAUGCCACGUGUGCUUGUCUGUCUGAUAAGCAGCAGUAUCCAAAUUUCUUCAGAACUAUACCCAGUGAUGCAUUUCAGGCUGUAGCGCUGGCCAAGCUGGUGAAACACUUUGGCUGGACUUGGAUAGGUGCUGUCUGCUCGGAUUCAGAUUAUGGCAAUAACGGGAUGGCCUCUUUUCUUCAAGCAGCUCAAAAGGAGGGGAUUUGUGUGGAGUUUUCAGAAUCUUUUUAUCGUACCAAUCCAUAUAGCAAAAUUCAAAGAGUGGCUGAUGUUAUCCGCAGGGCAACUGCAAAAGUUAUUGUGGCCUUUACUGCCUCUGGAGAAAUGAAAGUCUUGUUGGAAGAACUUGCCAGGAAACCUUCACCAUCUCGUCAGUGGAUAGGGAGCGAGUCCUGGAUUACAGACCCAAAUAUGAUGAAGUUUGAUUUCUGUGAAGGGGGCAUUGGAUUUGGGAUUCCAAAAUCUGUCAUCCCAGGUUUGAGAGAUUUUUUGCUGGAUCUUUCUCCCUCAGAAGUGGCAGCAUCUCCACUGCUGACAGAGUUCUGGGAGAACGCCUUCAAAUGCAGACUGAGAAAAGAUGUUGGUGCAGAAGAACGUGUCUGCGAUGGAAGUGAAGACAUGACAAAGCUUCAGAGUCCAUACACAGAAACAUCUCAGCUGAGAGUCACUAACAUGGUUUAUAAGGCUGUUUAUGCAAUAGCACAUGCUAUUCAUAGUGUUGUGUGCCCAGAAAAAAAUUCGACAACCAAGUGUGACAAACAUUUAAUGUUGGAGUCCAAGCAGGUUUUAGAUGCACUAAAGAAAGUCAAUUUUACCAAGAAUGGCUAUCCUGUGUCAUUUGAUACUAAUGGAGAUCCUGUGGCUGUUUAUGAGCUGGUCAACUGGCAGAAGGGUGAAAGUGGAAAUAUUGAGUUGGUAACAGUAGGAUACUAUGAUGCGUCUCUGCCUAUAAAUAAAGAAUUCCAUAUCAACGGAAAUCUAACCUGGAUGGAUGGUAGAAAACAAGUGCCAGUGUCAGUGUGUACUGAUAGCUGUCCUCCAGGAACUCACAAAGUGCUGCAGAAAGGAAAACCCAGCUGUUGCUAUGAUUGUAUACCAUGUCCUGAGGGAGAGAUUAGCAACACUUCAGAUUCCUCUGAUUGUUUCCCAUGUCCCAUCGAAUUCUGGCCAAAUCCAGAAAAGGACUCAUGUCAUCCCAAACCAGUAGAAUUUCUUUCCAUUGAUGAGACUCUGGCUAUCAUCUUGGCUGUCGUCUCUGUUGGUGGAGCAUGUCUUGCCAUCUUAACAGCAGCAGUGUUUUUCCAUCACAGAACCACCCCAAUAGUACGGGCCAACAACUCAGAGCUGAGCUUCCUGCUGCUCUUCUCCCUGACUCUGUGUUUUUUAUGUUCCUUAACUUUCAUAGGGGCUCCCACUGAGUGGUCUUGUAUGCUGCGUCACUCAGCUUUUGGCAUCACCUUUGUUCUUUGUAUCUCCUGUGUGCUUGGAAAAACCAUAGUGGUCUUGAUGGCCUUUAAAGCUACACUGCCAGGUAGCAAUGUCAUCAAAUGGUUUGGUCCUCUACAACAAAGACUGACUGUAGUGUUCUUUACAUUUGUUCAAGUGUUAAUCUGCAUGGUUUGGCUUGUGCUGAGGCCUCCAUUUCCAAUGAAAAACUUCUCCACAUAUAAAGAGAAGAUCAUCCUGGAGUGUGCUUUGGGUUCUGCCAUUGGGUUCUGGGCUGUGUUGGGUUACAUCGGCCUUCUGGCUGUGUUCUGCUUUGUGUUAGCUGUGCUGGCUCGGAAACUGCCGGACAACUUUAAUGAAGCCAAGCUGAUAACAUUUAGCAUGUUGAUUUUCUGUGCAGUCUGGCUGAGCUUCAUCCCAGCUUAUGUCAGCUCUCCUGGCAAAUUCACAGUAGCUGUGGAGAUAUUUGCUAUUCUGGCCUCCAGUUUUGGACUAAUAAUGUGUAUAUUUGCUCCAAAGUGUUUUAUCAUUCUGUGUCAACCUGAGAAGAACACCAAAAAUUAUUUAAUGAACAAAAAAUAAUUAUUCUUUUAACACUUCAUCUAAUUUGUGUAAGUUUGUGUGUGAAGUUGUAUUUUUCCAUACAUUGUUUAUAAAUUAUUUCUAUGAGUUAAUUAAUUCUAAAACAUUGUUAACAGGUAACAGUUUUAAUGAUAUUCUCCUAAACAAAAUCAAAUGUUUAACAUAACAGGAUAAACAUUUAUAGUAAAUUUGUCACUAAAAAAUGCAUGUCCUGAUCCUUAAGUUGCAAAAAGUCUCUUUUUAAAAAAAAGGUUUUGUUUUAUUUAGUUUCAGCUUUGACAGUUUUAAUCAUUAUUUGAGUCUUAGAACAGUCAUUUUUCUAUUUCUGUGUCAUAAACAGACUUUUUCUGUUAAGACAUUUGCUUUUUUAAUCCAAUGUAAUGCUGUAAUUACAUGACUGUGAUGCUGUUUAAUGUUCUAAGUUUCAAUAAAAAAAAUUCCCUGCAAGUCAAAACAAUUGAGGACUCCAAAGUCCUGCUUGCAUUAAGUAAAUAGCUGACUAAGUUUGUUUUUGCACCAGAAGUGUUCCAUUGACUUUGCUUGAAUUAGUGGAGAAUGCUAAUAAUUUUCACACUUUUAUCUUAUUUUGGUUUGCUUUCAAACAUGACACUUUCAAAGAUAAGCCAAAGACUGAACAGGACAAACUGUCAUGAACAAUAAUAACAGUUCUCUGUGCUGCUCACUUGGGGGCAGUAUUACCUGACCUACAUAUGGAAAGAUCAUGAAGCCGCUAAUGAAUUAUCAAGGUGUAACAAGGACUUCUACCUUCUCACUCUUUACCCUCUUAAAAUUUUAUUUAGUUUUUGAUAAGUCCCGCUUAUCAUAUACAAUACCUAUGUCACUUAAGAUAAGCAACUUUAUCAUAAUCUGUACAAUGAAGUAACUGUCUUUUGUAACUUCUUCACAUUGGCUUUUUCUCAUGAACCACAUGCCCAAAAAAAAA